AUGCUGGUUAACAUGAAGGAUGAUCAAGACAACACGGUCUUACACCUCGCAGCUGCAAGAAAACAAAUUCAGAUGCUAAAGCUUUUUCUCGAAUCAGACGUGGAUGUGAACGCCGAGAAUAUCCAUGGUUUCACGGCACUUGAUGUACUAGUACAUGGUCCAAGCGAAAUAGGAGGCAUGGAAAUCAGCGAAAUCCUUGUGAAUGCUGGAUGUGAUAGACGCAAAAAACUAACAAACAAAAGCAAGUCUAUUGUCAAAUGGGCAAGACCUCCUCCGGGCUGGAUUAAGCUUAAUGUCGAUGGAUCCUCUCGUGGGAAUCCAUGUGUUAGUGGCGGUGGAGGAGUGACAAGGGAUUCCCAGGGUCAGGUUAUCUUUGCCUUCUAUAGGAACUACGGUCAUGCCUCCAAAACGACUGUAGAGACCCAGGCUAUUCUUGAUGGAAUUAUUCUCUGCAGUAAAUUGGGCCUCUCCAGUAUCGUUGUUGAAUCAGAUUCCAAACUGGUGGUCGAAGCUGCCGUGGAUCCAUUCGCCCACUGCCAUUGGAACAUUUGGUACAGAUUGGGAGCCAUUCAUUGUAUCGGCAGCCGCCUCAACCUCUGUUUCAGGCAUAUUUUCUGUAAGGGCAAUUAUGUGGCUGACACACUUGCCAAGCGAGCUAGUGAAGGAUGUGCCAACUCCCUCUUCCUUUCUUGUUCGGAGUUGCCGCGUUACAUUAGGAGCCCAUUGGUCCUUGAUAAAGUCGGGCUGGGUUAUUUGAGAGCCUGA